AUGGCGAUUAUCAGCUCUGGUUCGAAUAAUCCGUCCCACGUGGCCCGACGUCGUCGAAAUGCCUUUUCACUACCCUUUCAUUAUCUUCAAAUACUCUCUCUGAUAGUCAUUCCAUUUCUAAUCUUAAUGAACUAUUUAACAUUAUGUGUGAAUGUACCAACGCAUCCAUGGCAAUGGCUAAAUAUUGUUCUUUCUUCGUUUGUUGUUCUUCCAUUUUCAAUUGUUUUUAUUAUUAUAUCUUGUAUUGAUCCAGCUGAUGAACAAGUUAUUCUUAAAAGUCAAGGACCAAGAAUCGAUUUCGAUCGUCGUCAGCAUCCGCAUGUCAUUACUCAACUGUACUGUCAUGUUUGUUCUGUACAUGUUAGUGAACGAGCCAAGCAUUGUUCAUCGUGUAAUAAAUGUGUUUAUUCAUUUGAUCAUCACUGUAUAUGGUUAAAUACCUGUGUGGGUGGAAAAAACUAUCGACUAUUCUUUUCAAUGUUAUGUUUGACCGUUUUGGGUACAUUGUUUAUGUUUCUCAAUAGUCUGCUUCAGUUUAUUGGAUCAUUUUCUACAACAUCAUCGCUCCAGUUAAAACCAUUCUAUAACACAGAUCGAUAUGCAAUCUUAAUGAUACCGUCAUCACUAGUUGCAUUUCAAGUAAUCACAGCUAUUCUUGCAUUCUUCACGCUUGUUAUUUGUGGAUUAGCUUUGUAUCUUCUGGCAUUUCAUGUAUAUUUGUCCUAUCAUGGAUUAUCAACCUACGAUUACGUUGUUCAACAUCGAAUGAAACGAACAGUUGAUCAAACGAUCAAUCAGUUCAAUCAACUAAACCUAGCUCAACCGAAUGAAUCGACAGUGAAACAAUCGGAAACGAAUCAUGAAAAACGAAAGAAACAUCGGCAUGGAUCAAGUAACCAACAAAACGGUACAACGAAUCAAGGACAUACGUCUCCUGUAUAUGUUGCCGAAGAAAAUCAUAGAGACUCUCCUCGUCGUUUGCAAGCAUGUCGAGGUUCACAUCAAGAAGCAAAAUCGUGGCCGUUAUUCAUUGUUCUAUCCGUCCGACGAGCUAUCAAUGGACUACGUCUUCGUAGUCAGUUGAAUGAAGAUGAUGAGAUGCUAAAAAUUCGUGCACCAUACAUGUGUGCGACUCGACAUCAUCUCUCGGUUGAACCUGAUGUUGUUGAACUGCACAAAGAAUUACGAAAGAUAAUGUACCGAUUCAAACAUGAAGUUCGCCACAUUGCGCAUAUCAUUCAGCAUUAUCCUCAUUUGAUAUUCCAAACAGUUCCACUACUUGAAUCGAGUGUUGGCAAGCUUCAGUGUCAUCUUGAUGAUCUGGAAAUGGCAGCAACGUUCGAUGGAAAUACCGACGGACAAGCAAAUACGACGUGUAAUACUGCCACUAAACGUCAAGCCAGGUACAAAUCGAAGAAUAACAACCAACGAUUACCUGGAUAUCAAUCUGAAAGUGACUCUCAAAAUACUCAAAUUAAAACUUUUAAGAAGCAAGAAAAACCUUCGCCUUCCAAAGUCUCCCUACACCAAUCCGGUAAACUCCAACGUCUCGAAAUGGAUGAAGAACAAGUCUACAUAAUCACACGAAACAUCCAUCUAGCCCUGCAUACGCUACUCAUCAAUACCAAAUUAGUACAUUUAACGACAAAAAAUGGUAUGAAAGCGGGCACUUCAACAUUGCUAUUUCCAUUUAUCUACGAUAUUGGAAAGAAAUUUUGUCUUUCAUUUUAUUAUCUACAAUUGCUUUCUAAAUACGUGUCACACCGAGCUAUUCAAUCAGAAAAUCGGCCAGUACCACCGUUAACUGAUAUUCGAGUAAAUCUAUAUCCGGCAAAUCGAAACGUUAUCACUGAAGCGAAUCAAUUUCUCGUAGAUAAUUUCGCAAGAACAGUGAAAAAGCGCAGUGUGCGAUUCAAUGUGACUGCCCAACAAUGUCUACCAUCAUCAGCGCUCACACGUCGAUUUAGUAAUAUUCGAACUUCGACAAGAACAAAGAACUGA